AUGUGCGACUGUUCUUUCAACUCGAAGUUCUGUCACUCAGACGAACUGAAUCUCGAUAUUCGCUUCGAAACCUAUUCUGACGCGAAACUUGCUUCCGUUUUCCUCAAUAAUAUGAACGAGUUUCCCGUUGCUCUGUUCCAACAAGUACUCGACGUCGUACUCGAUCCUCGAUUCAAAUCGAGCGAAGUCACGUUCAAGAACGCCUGGGGCAUCUUUGAUUGUGUCUCGACUUAUCGAAGAGGCAUGGCGCUAAAUCGAACUUUAGUAAAACCGCACAAGGCCGAGAGAACUUCAGGUGUUAUUCCGCCUGUCGUUUUAGGUCUCAUUGUCGAUACAUUCAUGCACUGGUUUGAAAUGUUCGAUAUCAAUGGGUAUGACCUGCGUAAUAUGUGUCUUGUUCAUCGAUCUUGGACAGUUAUUGCACAGAAAGGGCUGCGACGUCGGGCAAUCAUUCCGUACCAGCAGAUCAACCGAUUUCUUCUGAGCCCUUUAUGUGGACCAUGUGUUACGGACAUGAUGAUCUACUGGACGCUCGAUGCUGAUGACAGAGUCGGAGCAAAUGAUCUCGAUCUGCUAAAGGCACUCUUUGCUCGUACUACGAAUGUUCACUGCUUGGUUUUCAAUACAGAUCUUACGUUUUAUCGUUCGUCUGAGGAACAAGACUUUAGGGUUGGAACUUGCCUCAAUGUCAUAUCGAAGUCAACGGACUACGAAGCCUGGCAGUCUUUAUACGCUUGUCUUCCGAGGAUGCACACAUUGGAGCUUUUGUCCGUAGUCGGGUGGAAAGCCUCGGAAACAGAUUUGGACUGGAACGAACAUCCUCACUCGUUGAAAACGGUGGACCUUGGUCUUAGAUACGGAAUGGGCGAACAACUCCUUGCGUGGCUUCUUCGUCCUAGAGGGAACUUCAGGAGCUAUUAUUGUCGCUGCGGUCGUGUGUUCGUCAACUUGAACAUCUGUCGUGGUUAUUUCAGCAUGACUAUGCGUCGGCUUUCGAUGGCCUCUUGCGUAACUGUUACGAGCUUACUAGCCUGGAACUUUUCUAUGAUCGAAAUCCUCGUCCACUACCGCGGCAAAUAUCUCUAUAAGGCACAUCCAUCUGGUUCGCAGUUUAUUCUAUCUUUGGUAAAGGCAUUAUCUAUACUUCCUCGGCUUCAAAGCCUCCUCUUCAUAACGUACAGCGGGGAGAGUAUGGCCGUUUCCAGGUCAAUGUUUUACGAUGGACAAGAUUCGGGGGUUUACUGCCAAUUGGAUGGUGCCACUGCACUGGCGGGCGAAGCUUUGCCAGCGGAUUUGAUCAAAUUCUGCAAAGACCGACGUGUACACCUCGCAUGUGUAGAUUCCCGUCGUCUUAUGGAUCCCAAUGACUCUGAUGAUUAG